AUGAAGUUCUUAGGAUGGAUGCUGAACAAGCAAAAUGCAAAACAUGGGGAUCAUAACAGAACAAGCACUUCCUCUGCUUCUUCUUAUCAUGCGAAGCAAGAGCCAAGAGAGGAGUUUAGCGACUGGCCUCACGCGCUGCUCGCUAUUGGAACUUUUGGUUCAACAAGCAAUAGUGUGAGCAAGAGUGUUCAUGAAGAAACCGAAGCUAACAAGAAGUCUAUAUCGCAUUCUGAGCAAGAAGAAGAGCCAUCUUCAUCUGAUGAUAUUGAGGAUUUUACUCCAGAGGAGGCCAAGAAGAUACAAAAGGAGUUGAUGAAGAUCUUAUCAAGAACUAAGAAAAGAAAGUCUGAUGUGAAUAGAGAGCUCAUGAAAAAUCUUCCUUUGGAUAGAUUCUUGAAUUGUCCAUCGAGUUUAGAUGUGGAGAGGCGAAUCAGCAAUGCGCUCUGUGCUGUUGUGGAUUCGUCUGAAGAGAGUGAUGAUAUGGAGCGAACAAUUAACGUUAUUCUUGGUAGAUGCAAAGAGAUAUCUAUAGAAAGUAAGAAGACAGAUAUAAGCAAGACGUCUGUCUCGUAUCUUUUCAAGAAGAUUUUUGUAUGUGCCGAUGGGUUUUCUACAUCUCCCAACCCUAGCUUGAGAGACACGCUUCAAGAAUCAAGAAUGGAGAAGUUGUUGAAGAUGAUGCUACACAAGAAGAUUAAUGUUCAAUCCUCGUCCAAACCAACAACAUCAUCAACAACAAAGAGAUGCUUGCAAGGCAAGAAACAGCUAUCUUUGAAGAGUGAAGAAGAAGAAGAAACCAGCGAAAGAAGAAGUAGUAGCGACGGACAUAAAUGGGUCAAAACAGAUUCUGACUGUGAGUUUCCUCAUUAA